GCCCACAGUGCGACACCUGUAGCUCUUCACUCUACCUCAAACCCAGGUAGCCGGUCCUUUCAAGAUUCUCCCCCUCAAUGCAGAGGAGCUAUAGAUCAAGGUGCACGAGAAAAGAUAUGGCUCGAGAUGGAUUGGAUUUUUCGGAAGCUAAAAGGCCUGCUGCUUUUCGAUUGUGCAAAGUGUCCGGUUACAUGACUGAGUUGCUGGAGAUUCGCGCCGAUGAUCCUAAACUGCACGUUUUAUUCAUUCCGGGAAAUCCAGGUAUUGUUGCAUUUUAUAAGGACUUUGUGGAAUCAUUGUACGAGUUUCUCGGAGGACAUGCAUCUGUAACAGCAAUCGGGCAUGUUUCACACACCAAAAAGAACUGGGAGCGUGGAAGGUUAUUCUCAUUAGAAGAACAAAUUUUACACAAGGUGGAUUUCAUCAAUCAGGAGCUAGAAAAUCUUGAAGUUCCUAUAUUACUGGUUGGGCACUCUAUUGGCUCAUAUAUGGCUAAUGAUGUGUUUAGGAGGUCCUCAGAAAAGGUGACCUAUUGCAUUGGACUUUAUCCAUUUUUGGCAGUAAACCCGCAAUCAAGGUGGCAGUCUAUUAUUGGGAAGAUUGUAGAGUCACAAAUUUUAAGUGUUGCACUUAGUUGCAUUGCGGCAUCAUUGGGAUCCUUACCAAGCAGUGCUUAUAGGUUGAUUUUGACAAACUCUGUUGGGAGUUCAUGGUCAGCUGCUGCAGUUGAGGCUGCUUGCUCACACUUGGUGCAGUACCAAGUUGUACGGAACAUACUCUUUUUGACUAAGACAGAAUUCAGAAAGCUUGCAGAAACACCAGAUUGGAAGUUUAUGAGAGAAAAGCGGGAGAAAAUAGCAUUUUUGUUUGGUGUUGACGAUCACUGGGGUCCACUUCAAAUGCAUAAAGAGAUUUCCAAGCAGGUCCCAGGCAUUUCUCUAUCAAUUGAAAGGGCCCAUCCUCAUACUUUCUCUUGUACUGAAGAUGGUUCAUCAUGUGUUGCAAAGCAUGUUGCAAGAUUGAUCGAGAAUCAAGUACUGCAUUCAGGGCAGUAAGGUAUCUCUGUUGCUGCCAUUUUGGGAUAUAGUAGUCAUGUUCAGUAUAUGGUUAGGUUUGGUCAACGGAUAUUAUUGAUCAUCCCAUUAUGUUUAAAUAAUAAUUACAUCUUGAAAAAAAAAAAAAAAAACUGAUAUAGUAGUUAGCAAU